GGGGAGGAACAACAAACCAGUCUUGGGAGGAAGACAUGGCGGAUUUGUGCUAGUUUUAAGUGUUGGCGUAUCACGGUUAGAUUGAGCUCACACUUUGACAAAAAAGUUACAAUUUUCAAUCAUUCAACAUCCAUCCAGGAUGGCCGAGCAAAUCAGCAACGUUAGGUAUCAGGAGCUGGUGAAUGAGGAGGAGCCAGCAGCAGCCCAGGUUCCCCAGGAAGAAGCUGCUGUCCUGGAUGCACCACCACCCUACAGCAGCAUCGCAGCUGCCAAUGCAGCAUUCUUUGACUACAAGGAAGAUGCAGGCAGGUUCCCCAACCCCCCAUCCUAUAAUGUGGCCACCACACUCCCCUCCUACGACGAGGCAGAGAGGACCAAAGCAGAGACAGGCGUCCCUCUGGUCCCCGGCAGGGUUGUGGAGGAUGACUUUGUGGCCAGGGACGACUUUGAUGAUGCUGACCAGCUGCGGAUAGGGAAUGAUGGCAUCUUCAUGCUCACUUUCUUUAUGGCAUUCCUGUUCAACUGGAUUGGUUUCUUCCUGUCUUUCUGCCUGACCACCUCUGCAGCUGGUCGAUAUGGGGCCAUCUCAGGGUUCGGCCUGUCCCUCAUCAAAUGGGUUCUCAUAGUCAGGUUUUCCACCUACUUCCCUGGCUACUUCGAUGGGCAGUAUUGGCUGUGGUGGGUGUUCCUGGCUUUUGGAUUCAUGCUCUUCGUCAGAGGGUUUGUCAACUACUCUCGAGUUCGCAAAAUGGCCGACCCUACUUAUGCCACUCUUCCUCGAACGAGAGUCCUCUUCAUCUACUGAAGCUGGUUUUGACUAAACAAAUCGUCCCUGGAUCUGGAUAAAGAAUCUUGGAUGUAUGAAAAGCAUCAUACCGGCUUAAAAGCAGCAAAACUGCAAAAAGUCUAAUACCAAACUACUCCGAUACCCAUUACGACGUGGC